AUCUAUAUUUUAAUUGCUGAAAAUGUGUCGCAGAGACAUGGCUUGCAGUGUGGCGGGGAUUACGUCGGAUGCCAACGUCCUCACAAACGAGCUGAGGCUCAUCGCACAGAGGUACCUCCUGCAGUAUCAGGAGCCAAUCCCCUGUGAGCAGCUGGUCACUGCCCUGUGUGACAUCAAACAGGCCUACACACAGUUUGGAGGUAAAAGACCCUUCGGUGUGUCUCUGCUGUAUAUGGGAUGGGACAAACACUACGGAUUCCAGCUCUAUCAGAGUGAUCCCAGUGGAAACUAUGGAGGCUGGAAAGCCACGUGCAUCGGGAACAACAGCGCAGCUGCUGUGUCGAUGCUGAAGCAGGACUAUAAAGAGGGAGAGAUGACUCUGGCUGCUGCACUCGCUCUCGCCGUCAAAGUACUGAACAAGACCAUGGACGUCAGCAAGCUCUCAGCAGAGAAAGUGGAGAUCGCCACACUGACACGAGAGAACGGCAAGACCAGAAUCAAAGUCCUCAAGCAGAAGGAAGUGGAAGAACUCAUCAAGAAACACGAGGCUGAAGAGGCCAAAGCGGAGAAGGACAAGAAAGACAAAGAACAGAAGGAGAAAGACAAAUAAAACACCUGCACUUGUUUUCUAUUAAAAUUCAAAAGCCCGCCGGGAUUCCUAAAGAAAUUCAUAUUGCUCUGUAUGUUCAUGUCAUUUUCUUUAUUAAACACAAAAUGAAAAGUUGAA